CCUUGGAUCCACAAACAGAAAAUACCAAAAAUACAGAAAACAUCGAAAAGAAUGGAACAGAAUCAGACCCCAAACAGGCUUAUACCAAACACGCAGAAGACCUAACACAAAUCUGCCAAAUAUACGAUGCCGAAAUAAACAAGACAGAAGCACAUCUUCAACAGGGAAAUACCAGAAGCAUGGAAGAUCUACUCACAGAAACCUGUAGUAUGUUAAAUUCACUUCUCUCAAAAAUUGAUACGCUCUUUGCAAACAUUGCUUCAACAAUAAUUACAAUCCAAAAUAUUCUCUCUAAAAAUAAUCAAGCAAACACAACUGACAACACAAAUCUUCUGGCGGGACCACCCCAAUCACAAAGGACAACAAAUGACGAAGAAACAAAAACUGACACAAACCAAGAAGAACCUUUAAAACCCCAAGACUGGAACAAACUUCUAAACCAACGCAAAUAUGCUUAUUGGAAAAGCAUACGCUGUAAGAACAGAGCCAACAUAUAUCAAAACUGGCGGGACUUGAAGAACCCAAUACUCCCUAGAAAAUUUCUUAUCAAAGAAAUAAGGGGUGAAACACUAGAAGAAACAACAAUACGUGCAACCCUAGCCCUCUGCCGACUAGAAACGGAAAUUUCCCUUCUACAAACACGAAGCGCACACCAGGAAGAUAAGAUUAAAACAAUCGAUACCGUCAUAAUGGCCGAGAUAACAGAAAAGAACAAUAAGCAAAACAAAGAAAAACUACAACAAUUAUGGAAAGAGGAUACCAAACGAGAGGAGGAAAGAUCCAGAAUUAUGUGGACCAAACAACAUGAAUGGUUUUUAAACUACGAAAAGAACUAUGGGGAAGAAUCAAUUAUGAAGACAAAGAAACUACCAAAACAAAUGAAUAGAUACAACAAACCAACACCACAAACAUAUUGGACUCCCAGACAUCAAAAUAAGCCCUACCAAACACAAACCAAAAUCCCGCUCCUUACACUGCCGAACCCCCCAUUAACAGAUACACAAAAUAUGAAAGACAACCAUCAACCCAAAACCCCACAAAAACAAACACACCACCAGCAAGACGAGCACAAUACAUACAACCAACAACCUAUAACACUUGGAGAGAAGAAAUAG